CAUUAUCAUUCGCUCAUAUUUAGAGAAAAAAAAAUCUUGCCAUACUUAUAACUAUACCUAUAACGCAAUUCCCUGAUGAAUAACAGAAUAAAAUAAAAGAGUUGUUAGACAAAAGAGAAAAGAAAACGAUGUAUAAUUAAACCACGACCCUCGCCAUGUUUACGGUCCGUCUCCGCCUGGACUCUUCAAAUCCACUGAAAUAUUUACAGCGUUUAUUAAAACCAAAGAAGCUCCAACCAUCACAAAUGCAUACAUAUUCCGUUCGAGCAUCCACACAUAUAACAAGUUUAUUUACUUGAAUGUCUCAGUUAUACCCUACACGUUGGACUAGACGGACCUGGCAUGAAGGGCAUUCAAUAUCGGCUGUUUUUUGCGGCGGUGGUGACGGUGAACGGAACAGCCUGUGGAGUGUCCCUUGGCCAUGCCGAUAACAGAGGAGCGUGGACAGCAACCAACAUCCAGCAACAGCAACUCAUAAGGUCGCUGGCUGUCUUCACCAGCAUCGCCUUCCACGACGCCUCCUCCCUUCUCCUAUUCCACGACCGGUCUGCCGCCGCCCAUCAGUUCCUCGACCACAUUGCAUCCACCCACACGCCCACGCUCACGCCCAUCGUCCUAGGCGACCUCGGGACACCUCGGGAAAUGAGAGAGAGAUUUCAAAGCUAUUACAAGGAAGAUCACAACGUCGAAGAAGGAAUUACAAUGUUGCUCUUUAGUCACUGCGAAGUCGCGAGGGAUUUUCUAAGACAAGGGAGCUCUCUUUGGAUUAAAGGAUCGCUCUUAUUAAUCAACCUCGACUGCGAAGUGGAUGCCAGAGAUCUUUUGCCGGAAGUCCAAGGAUUAGCUUCCUCGGCACUCCUUCAGGCAGGCCAAAGGAACCCCGGGGGAGGCAGCUUGAACGUCACUGCAUCGGGUCAGGAAAAGCUUUGCGGUCACCGCUUCGGAAUCACCACGUUUAUGCCGUACGACCCACCAGACGAGGCCUUCCGCACGCAGUGGUUCGGUCCGCAGUCGGCCGUUUCUCGCGGUGACCUGCUGAGGGAACGCUUCAGCAAUUUCCAAGGGCACCGUCUCAGUCUGGCUGCCCUGACUGAUGACUUCCCUCUUGUAUUCCACGCUGAUGCUUCGAAAACAACGAUGACUGGCCUGGCUGUAACGAUGCUCCAAGAAAUCGCCGGAGUUCUGAACCUGACCUUCUCCCUCGAGGCUGCGACGGCCCAUAGCAUCACCAGCGGGUCUUGGGGUGGCGUCGCGAGGAAGAUGAAGGCCCACAGGAGGGACCUGAUCAUCAACGGCCUCCCUCUGGCUUGGGAUCUCGCCCACGCCCUGGACACCUCGGUGCCCGUCCUGCGAACGUCCUAUGGGAUUGGACUCAAGACAUCUGUGCCUCUCAAGCGUUGGGAGCGAAUAAUGUACCCCUUCAGAGGGUGGGUUUGGGUGGGGCUCGGCUGCACCCUCAUUCCCCUCGCUCUGGUCUUCCAUGUCAUCGUUAAGAACACCGGACGCACCGUCUACACACACCGGGCCGACGUGCUAUCCACCGUCCUGUGGCUGAGUCGCACGCUCGUCAACCAGUCAGUGGCUCAAAUCCCCAAUGUCCCUGGCAGCAGGAUUCUCCUCUAUUUCUGGUGGAUGACUGCCCUCGUGAUCACCGCGUCCUACAUGGGAAACCUCAUCGCCUUCCUAACGGUCGCUGUGCAACCCACCACGGCGAAGACCUUGAAGGAGACGAUGAAGUUCGAUUUUCCCGUCUACGCCAGGCGACAGGACUCCCUAAUAGCCGACCUGCUGACAGCCUCUCAGGACCCCGUUUAUCAAGAGCUUCGGGAACGGCUGAUCUUCUACGAUCAUUUCCCCGACAUCUACUCCGUUCUGAAGGAGAGCAAAGGAAUGUUCCUGGCCAGCACUAGCUACCUCGAAUACCAGAUUAUGGGAUGGGGUGACCAUGACCUCCAUAUCCUCGAGGAAAAAAUAUUUCCGACUUACAGUGUCUGGGCUUUCCAGAAAGGGACGGUGUGGAGGUACCAGUUCGAUAAGUACUUGAACAUGAUGGCGGACACGGGACUUCUGGAUAAGUGGCAGAGGGACUUCCUGACAACCUUCCGCGUCGCCAAAAGAUACUUCAAAGAGAAAACCGACAAACGCAAAAUCAUUCUCCGCCCCUUGAAUCUCCAUGAUCUCGAGGGCGCCUUCAUCAUCUUCAUCUUCGGCUAUUUGUUUUCCCUUCUCGUCCUCGCUCUGGAAAAUCGUCACUCGUUGAAACAUUACCUGAAGAAAGCCAAAGAAAACGUGUUUUGGGCGCUGUGGAGGCUGAAGACAAACAUCAUCGCGAACAUCCAAAGGCGACGUCGGUUAUGCAGGAAAAACAACAACAGGAAAAGGGGAAAAUCAGAUAAGCCACGUGAGUUCUUUGAGGAAAAGCUACAUGAAGAUAUUGAAGCCUUGAGGAAAAUCUUACAGAUGCACCAACCAAAGGGUGGCAUUGGUGGGACAAACACGAGGGACCAAGAAAGGGCUCUGCUUCUCAGUCGCCAGUCAACGAGUACGUCUUUGAUUGUGCCGCAAGAAAGGAAUGCUGAAGCAGAACUGGUACAGUGUUCAAGUGUCGUGGAAAUUGAGUGAAUAUUAUCUGGUUUAUGUAUGCACGCACUGACACGUA